AAGUGAUAUAUUGCUAUAUUGUUGGUAAAUUGAUUUGAUGGAAAAAUCUAUUUUUCUAAAUUGCAAUUUCUUCAACAAAAAUUGUGCACAAAUUAAAUUUUCACUUUUGAACUGCUACAACUUUCUGAACGAUCGCACAGUCGAUUUAACCGGUAUUGCUCUGAAGAAUACGAUUUUAAUUUUACCUCGCUGAGCUCAUUUUUCUAAUAGGUUAUUUCGCAUCGAAAAGCAGAAUGAACAAGUAUCUUUGUAAUAAUUCAUGCUUUCGUAGAAAUUGGUAUACGCAGUUCUAUUGCCCUUCUAAUAAAAUAUGUACUACUGGCACGAGACAAAUCAAGAUAAAUAGCGGGAAGAUUGCACGGUUUUAUCAUUUGUCUAUAUAAAUACACGUACGUCCGUAUCAACUGCAAAACCACCCUAAAACUUUCGAUCUGUAUAGAUACAAAGUGUGAGGUGCAACGCAAUAAAAUCUACUCAGAAUCAUGCAAAAUUAGACGCGGAAAAUCGACGAGGAUCCACGCUUGCCUUGUUGAAGUAAGUUGAAAAUAAAUGCACAAUAAAUAACUAACUUCAAAAAAGUAAAGUAACUCCCUUAUCAAUUUACUUUUCAUAAUUUCGAAGAGAAAUUGGAAAUAUACUUUGGUUUUCGAUAUGGUGAUAUUACACGAUGAAGAAUACUAUCGAAGUCGAAUACCACAGCCUGAUUUGGGACCUCUUAGAAACUUUUUGCGGUUCGUUUGGGAUCACGAUCGAAAAGCGUUUCUCGACAGAACAGCGAAAGAAUGGGGUCAAUUGGGAAUGUUUUACCUGUGCUUCUUUUUCAUUUUGGGAUCGAUAUUUGCAAUACAAAUGAAGAUCAGCAUUGACUACGUUUCUAAACUGGACAGGCCAUAUUUUCAACACCCUGGCUUAUCUUCAAAUUCAUUUUUUGGCGUGAGGGUGCGCCAUUACCGUUCUACAUUCGGAAGUCCAGGAAUAGUUUUUAAGCCAAACAGCGUAUUAGCUACAUCACCCAUUAUUUCGGUGAAUAAUUCGACUAAUACAAAUAAUAAUAACGGACCGGAAAGGUACAUCCGAGCGCUGUCUGAUUUUUUGCAAGAGUAUCGUAAUAAUACGUCCAAUUACGAUUUCAACUGCCUUAACCAACCUUCGAACAUCGAUCACAAUAAAAAACCUUGCUUUUUCGAUAUAACGUCUCUUGGAAAAUGUAGCAAGCCUCCAUACGGAUAUGCAGAACUCUUGCAACCUUGCGUUCUCAUUAAAUUCAACAAGAGGUUCGAUUGGGUACCUGAAUAUUAUAAUCGUUCGUCGAAUUUGCCGGAAAAUAUGCCGAGUGAAUUAAAACAGGCAGUACAAAGGUCUCCGAAGCCUCACAUUUGGUUAUCGUGCGACGGAGCGAAUAACGUUGAUAAAGAGCACAUAGGAAAAAUAGAAUACAUUCCACUUCCUGGAUUUCCAGUUCAAUAUUUCCCGUUUACCGGACAACCAGGCUACCUGUCCCCUAUUGUCGCAUUAGAAUUCAAAAAUCUAACGCCGAACAGAUUAGUAACAGUGGAAUGUUAUUUAUGGGCUUACAAUGUCGAGCAACGUUCCCGUUAUUCGCUAGAUUUCCAAAUAAUAAUAGAGAGUCAAAACUCAUCGUACAAUUACUAAGAGGAAAUAAGGACAAAAAUUGGUGUUCUGUUAAAAAAAAAAAGAAAGGUAUAUCUCAAUUCAGUAGGAAGAUAAAAGUGAACAAGAGUAAAAAAAUUCGAAGAAAAAGUACGUGCAAAAAAUAAUUCCAUUUUUGCCAUUUAGUUGCAAUAUCGUUUGGCCUUCCACGUGUAACCAUAUGGGAAGAUUCAUUUCAAUUUCAACGUGUGAAAUCCAAUUUACAAUAAAGUGCGAUCUACAGUAUGCUUUUACAUAUCUUAUGACGAGAAACACGUGAAAUCGUGCGACCUUGACUGUUUCUGAUCUAUGAUUGCAUAAUCUAAAAGAUAAAAUCUAAUACCUUGCUAUAUAAUUGCUAUAUAUCAUUUCAAAGAGAACGAGAUACGAUGCACGUUAAUAAAUCACCACUUAGAAAUACAUUGUGAAUCAAAUUGAUGAUAAUGAUUGAAAAUACAUAGUAUGGAAAAUUGGAUGGUAAAUUUAAAUUGUAAAUAUAUCUUUUGCCUUAAAAGAUAAUUUACUAAUUCAGUAGCUCGUAAGUGAUUAUGGAAAUUUGAACUCUCGAAGGGUAUCGAAAUGUAAAUUUUAAAAGUCGUUGUCUGCGAUAAUAUUAUAUUAAUAGAUCGCGCAAAAUAUUAAAAAUUCAUGUGACAAUUUCCAUAAAUUUAGAGUGCAUACAGGCAUGUGCGACGUAACAGAAAAUAUUCGUUCCAUGGUUUACUUGUCUACUUACCGUGUACCAAAAGAUCAACGAUCUGUAAGUGGUAUUUUCCAUAAACGGGGACAUGCCACGAUCCUAUUACGAGCAUCAAUACAAGGACUUUCAAAGUUCGAUUUAUUUUCUUGUAUCGGUUUCAAACUCAAGGAGAAUCGUUCUGCCGCGGAUGAAGAUUUCUAUCAUUCUCAAGUUAAUUGUAUCAACACAAACAGGAAGUACAACACAAAUUAUAAACAUCCGCAGUCCACUUAUAAAAUUUCAUUGGUAAUAAUAUUACAGUUUCAGUUCGUGAGAACCGUAAGAAGAUACAAACACGAUAAAGAAGUAAGAAGAACGGCAGUGUACGGCUAGUAAAUAAAAAGAAAGAAGUAACUGAAUAGCCACGAGUGAUGGAUGAAGAGCGACGUAUUGAUUUUCGAUUCGUUUGACAUUCAAUACGUAACGAGUAAAAUUCGUCCGAUAAGAUACGGUCAACGAGUGAUUUAAUCAUGGUCAACUAAUCGAUUGAUACGAAAAUUGUUUCGUACACCCGGAGGAGUAAGUUCUUGUUGGCAGUUAGGUGUGAGUCAGCCAUAAGGCGAGGAGCGCGUAGCCUCUCUGACAUAUCUUAGCAUUUUCCCACUACUCGAUCGGUAGACGUAGGACCGCGGCCGAUCGUGGUCGCGCCACCGAGCUUUACUACACGCGGUAUCGCUCAGCUCUCUGCGAGAUAGCGAGAGCAGUGAGCUGUCUCAGCUCAAGCGGAGUGUAAACUCGCUCGACGACACCGAAGCGGAGCUUCUGAUUUUUCGGUGCCGUCUUUCUCGCCGUCGUCUAACAAAUCGAACUUUCGGACACUUCGUGUCGGGACGAGAUCGUUCGAUCAAAAGAUCCGCGUGAAAGUCGAUUGAUAAAGUUUCGCGAGUG